AUGCUGCAGACUAAGCCUGUGGCGUACUGGCAACAGGCUGGGCUCAGCUACAUCCAGUACUCCCAGAUCUGUGCAAAAGUAGUGAGAGAUGCACUGAAGGCCGAGUUCAAAGCAAAUGCUGAGAAGACUUCUGGCAGCACUGCAAAAAUUGUGAAACUGAAAAAAGAGUAAUCUACCCUGGCUAAAGCUUGAAAUGCUACAUUUUCCAAGGUAAAGAUGUGUGGAUCCAUGUUAUGACAGAUUGAAAACGAUCUCCCGGGGUGCCUGGGUGGCUCAGUGGGUUAAAGCCUCUGCCUU